AUGGCGGAUCUGGGAGGCCAAAACGGCCGGAACUACCGGCCAAACGCAUACGGCCAUGCCUCGUCGUUUCAACGGGAUGCCGCCUUCUCUGAGAUCUUCGGAGGGGCACCGCCACCGGGGCGGUCUCAGACGAUGAACUCCCAAACGCCGCAAUUCGGUUCAGAGCGAGCCUACACCAUGUCGUCCGGAGUGCACCCACAAAUGCAACGAAACCAGCACCCUCAACCACGCCAGACGCAAAACGGGUACCCACCAGGGCAGUCUAAUGGAUAUUAUCAGGCACACCCUGGAUCUGCGCCCAUGGCAUCGCAACCGCAUCCUCCCAACCCGCAACGGCCAUUUGCCGGCCGUUAUGCGGCAUACCCUGCCCCCCAACGGCUAGAUUCACGGCCGGCCCAGUAUACAGACCCUACAGGACAAAACCGGGCCAUGCCACCGCCGGCUUUGAACACGGAUUCCUACCGGUCACGAUCAAUGGCAAGAAUAGGAGGACCACCGGCCCACCAACAACCGCCACCAAGCAGUUUUAACCAUACCUCUGCCACUGCAUUCCGUCAGCAGCCCUAUCACUCCUCCGUUUUGCGGACUGAGCAGGGUCGCACCAUCCCGGAGCGGGGUAAUGAGCGGGCCAUGUCCAUGACAUCACAUCGUACUGAACGUGAGAUGCCUCAUACCAUGUACGGACGCCCGAUCCCCAAUCGGCGACCUCCAUCAGGGCCAGAGCAGUACCUGGGUCCGAUGAAUGAGGUGGAGCCCGUCAACACUACCCCGGACCCCAGCAUUCGAUCCCGGCCGCCGAGUGAGGCGUCGACUUCCUCACGAACCAUGUCGAUGGCGUCUACCACGACCACCAUUGUUCCCGACCGGACGAUGAGCAUGCAAAGCCAGUCGAAUUGGAAGCCGAAUGGGCAAGCGGCAGGCGUGGCUGGUUCAUCCGUCCGUCGCAGCAGAGUCCCGUUAGUGUACCCAGCUCUACUCUCUCGGGUUGCCGAUGUGUUUCGAGAGAGGAUUGCUCUGGGUGAACGACAGAAAAAUGGAUUGUCAUAUCAGAACGCUUUUAGUGGUGCUGAAGCGGUGGAUCUGAUCGGAUACAUCAUCAAAACGACGGAUCGGAAUUUGGCUCUUCUACUGGGCCGUGCAUUGGAUGCGCAGAAAUUUUUCCACGAUGUGACUUACGACCAUCGGUUACGCGACGCCCCUGGCGAAAUCUAUCAGUUCAAAGAGACCAUGGGAGAGGAAGCACCGAGCUCGGAAGUCAACGGAGUAUUCACCCUGCUGACCGAAUGCUAUUCCCCGACCUGUACCCGGGACAAUCUCUGUUAUUCUAUUGCUUGUCCUAGAAGACUGGAGCAGCAAGCGAGAUUGAACCUGAAACCCCAGCCCGGACUUCGAUCCUCGACCUCUCGGGCGAGCUUGCACGGGGAUGACGACAAUGAUGACCAGAAGCUGUGGAUCAACAUGGUCCCCAAGGAGGUCUCCGACAGCCUCGAUGAUCGGGAAAAGAAGCGGCAGGAGAUCAUCUUUGAGAUUAUGUACACUGAGCGGGACUUCGUCAAGGACUUGGAGUACCUGCGCGAUUUCUGGAUUCGGCCGCUCAAAGCGUUGGCACCUGGCAGCCACUCCCCGAUUCCGGAGCACCGCCGAGAGAAGUUUAUCCGGACGGUGUUUGGAAACUGCUUGGAGGUUCUGAAAGUCAAUGGCGCCCUCUCCGAAUCGCUCAACGCUCGACAAAAAGAAAGCCAUGUGGUCAAAUCUAUCGGUGAUAUUUUCCUUCACCAUGUGCCACGCUUUGACCCCUUCAUAAAAUAUGGCUCCAACCAACUGUACGGUAGAUAUGAGUUCGAGAAAGAAAAAGCCUCGAAUCCUGCCUUUGCCAAAUUUGUUGAGGAGACCGAACGGCUCAAGGAAUCGCGGAAGCUGGAACUGAAUGGUUACUUGACGAAACCCACCACUCGUUUAGCUCGAUACCCGCUGCUCCUCGAACAGGUCGCGAAGUACACGGUCGAUGGCGAUCCAGACAAAGAAGAUAUCCCCAAGGCAAUCGCGUUGAUCAAGGACUUCCUUUCUAGAGUCAAUACCGAGAGUGGAAAGGCAGAGAACCACUUCAACCUGGUACAGCUGAGUGCAGCUUUGAAUUUCGGCCAGCUUGAUUAUGUCGACCUCAAGCUGACAGAGGAAAAUCGACAAAUGCUCACCAAGAUGGCCUUUAAGAAGACGCCAACUGAUAGCUCUGAAGUCACCGCCUAUCUCUUUGACCAUGCGGUGCUACUGGUUAAGAUCAAGGUUGUUAACAAACGAGAGGAGUAUAAGGUGGCCAAGAACCCCAUCCCCCUUGAGCUACUAGUGAUUGCUCAGAUGGACGAAGUCAUUCCCAGACUAGGGAUCUCCAAGAGGCCCUCGUCUGGCCUGCUGCCAAACAAAAGUGCAGCGAACCCGCCUGCAAGUAAGGAUGGACUGCCCAUCACCUUCCGACAUCUGGGUAAGGGCGGCUAUGAGCAAACGUUGUACGCGUCAAACGCGAGCCAACGCAAAAAGUUCAUCGAAAUGGUCGAAGAGCAACAGCGCAAGCUCCGGGAGCGCAACAGCAAUUUUUAUAACAAGACUAUUCUUUGCGAGAAUUUCUUCUCGGCAGUCAAUCGUGUCAAUUGUCUUGUUCCAGUUGACGGCGGUAGGAAACUAGUCUACGGCACAGACAGUGGCAUCUACUUGUCCGAGCGGUGGCCCAAAGAUAAGAACGCGAAACCAAAACGGGUGCUGGAUGCUAGCCAGGUCACCCAGAUCGACACUCUGGAUGAGUACCAACUGCUUCUGGUGCUUGCAAAUAAGACUCUGUCUUCAUACCCCAUGGAGGCCUUGGAAGUAGGCGAUGGCCAAAAUCCACUGGCCAAGAGGCCCAAAAAGAUCCAGGGCCACGCGAACUUCUUCAAGGCUGGCAUCGGCUUGGGCCGUCAUUUGGUGUGCUCUGUGAAGACAUCGGCCUUGUCAACUACGAUCAAGGUCUACGAGCCGAUGGACAACUUGGCCAAGGGCAAGAAGAAGUCGGCCGUGAGCAAGAUGUUCCAGAGUGGCCAGGAUACCCUGAAGCCAUUCAAGGAAUAUUAUAUCCCCGCUGAAUCAUCGUCAAUCCACUUCCUCCGGUCAACUCUGUGCGUGGGCUGUGCUCGUGGGUUCGAAGUUGUCAGUCUCGAGACGACAGAGACCCAGUCGCUCCUGGACCAGGCGGACACGUCUCUCGACUUCGUUGCGCGCAAGGAAAACGUGAAGCCCAUCCACAUCGAACGGAUGAAUGGCGAGUUCCUGCUCAACUACAGCGACUUCUCCUUCUUUGUCAACCGCAACGGCUGGCGUGCCCGGCCGGAUUGGCGGAUCUCGUGGGAGGGCAACCCCAGCGCGUUUGCCUUGUCGUAUCCGUAUAUCCUGGCCUUCGAGCCGAAUUUCAUCGAGAUCAGACACAUCGAGACCAGUGAGCUGAUUCAUAUCAUGACCGGGAAGAAUAUCCGCAUGUUGCACUCGUCAACAAGAGAGAUUCUUUACGCUUACGAAGAUGAAUCGGGCGAGGAUGUGGUUGCCAGCUUGGAUUUCUGGAACAAGCCGCAGAACUAG